CCCUUUUCUAGUGGGAGCUAGUGUGAGCUCCGGGGAAAAAGUGUUCAGGACCUCUUUUCCUACGUCUCUUUUCAAACUGCUUUCCGUCCAGCACACGGCUCGGCCCGCGAAGCCUUCAGGCUUCCGCGCCUAACCGUAAAAGACCGUGGAUCCUCAAAGGAGGACCUAUAUCUCGGGCCGUAGGCUCUAACCGCAAAGGAGAUUUCCCCUCUCGGCCGUCCAAGGUGGCUAAGCCACGGCCGGCCGAUCGCGCCUACGAGGGAAGACGCCUGCCCACCAUCGUCCAGCAACGCCCGCUGGUCCCGUCGGACGACGAUGGUCCGCAUAGCCGCUCGCCUCGCUAUUCCGGCGAGAUUUCUGGCCGCACAGCUGGACAGGAGUCGCUGUGCCGGCUAUUCCGGCCCCAACAACCGAAGCAGCAGCGGUAUGUACCGGUACCAACAUAAAAAUAGGUAACACUUAACAAAUUAACACACAAUUUGAUAACACAGAACAACACGCACACGCCACAAUUAGGAAAAAUAAAAUUAUGUGCAAGUAAUGUGAAAAUUCUGUGUUGUUAGUUUUUGUUUACCGCGAAAAACCCUUGAUUACCCAGUAGUUAGCCGACCCUGGGAUUGCCGGAGAGUCUCUUGUGUCCUGGUCUGGCCUGGCUAUUGCUAGUUGUCGAUUAGUAAAAGGGGGAGUUUCAAUUGGCUCCCAGCCAAAAGUCCGCGAACGGUAAUCAAGGGUCCGUAGUAGUAUACAAAAAUCUAACGAUUUUGCCGACGGGAGGUGGCAGGGAUCCGUGCUUGCACGAAUGACAUCCACCUUUAAUCACUAUUCAUUCCUUGAUGUGGAAAAAAGUGUUUGUACAAGGUUUUUGCCUUCAAAAGAGGUCCUGAGCACAUCACGGACACAUUUGCGAUCGAUUGUCGUUUUUUCCGAUCAAAAAUUCGUUGAUGUUGGCAAAUUUUGUGUUUCGUGAACCGUUUAUUGACUUUUAUAACAUAUAUCAUAAUUAUGCUUUACUGGUUAUGUCCAUUUAUUAUGACAACGAGCGCGCACUAUUUAUUUUAAUCCGUUUGUUUUGUUUCGUCACUGUGUUUUUAUCAUUUUAUUAUCACCCACUUAACCACCACUGAUUCUCAUAAACAAUGACACGCAAGCGACGAGCAAAGGCUGAAACCAAUUAUAUUGCAAUAAAUUGGCAGCCGUCGACAUAUGAUGCGGACGAAUCGGACUUAGAUGAAUCUUUGGAGAUUCCUUGUCCGUUACUUUCGACGCAUCCUAACUACCCGCUAGAGGAGUUAGAGCUGGACCUCGAAGAAACUCUGCACACCAUUCGGGAGCAGAGGACUUCGGGGAUAAUGAUGCCAGCAGAUGUCGUAAAAAUUAAAAGAAUAAUUUAUUUAUUUAUGCGUGACAUGGACAUCGUCACAAGCGAUGCCAAUUCUCGCUAUUUACCCCCUAGCGCGACAUGCGAAUUCAGGGAACCGGAGUCGGAACCAGAAGAAAACCAUGAAUUAAUAAUUCCUAGUUCCGAUUCCGAUGAAAACAAUAUGUCCUUCAGCGAGUCCGAAUCCAAUUCGGAAGACCAACUUCUGGUCAAUAAGGGAACGACAAGAAGCCCAGUGUCACGCUUUUCUUCUGGAUAUUUUUCUCCCGAUUUCACCAGUAAGUCGAUGCUUCCUUCAUCCGAUUUUCCCCGAGACUUACCUGGUAGUGCUUUCCAUUCUUCAAAUUCCCAAUCUUCGAACCCCGAAUCCCUACGAAAGCAAACCCGGACUUUUAAGAUCCGACGGAAAAAGGCCAACAACAAUCUUCGAGCGGAACCCACGGCCAAAGAACUGUGCAUGAAAACAACUUCGAUUUUGGAACCUAAUUCUUCAACGAAAAUUCCCUGUUCCGGACGCACACCUGGAACCCACCAAAAGGUAUUUUCUUUCAAUAAAAAGAAAAACAAAUCCAACUAAAAAUUCAACAAUUUUAUUUCUCAUUAUUUUCCAGUUCCUUACCUAUGGCAGAUUGCCCAGUUCCGGUGCUGUGUGGGAUUAUUAUUUGCCCCCAGUCACUUGGUGCAAUCACCGCCGAAAGGAUAAA